UUCAGAGGGUGACAGAAGCCACGAGGAAAAGUAACGGUAAGCAGGAUCGAGAGAAAACUUGGUCUGUUCUUCAACAUUCGAACAUUCUGAGAUCUGACAUCAAUAGAAAACAUUGAGCGACACGCCCAAAGCUCCAGUCAGGACUAUGGUGGAUAAAAAAACAGAGGUGGUGAAGUCAGCUUUAUGGAAUGUCAGCGAAGACGCCAGAUUGAACACCAACUGGCAGACAUACGCCCCGUCAUGUCACACAAUUUCACCAAUACGUCUUGAUGUUGAUGAGCCCCGUGAAUGCACAGAGACGGACCUGCUUCUGCCCAAAAACCGUCCAAAUGGAGGAAGAUCCCGCAGCUCAACUGACCAACGUGUUCCAAAUCAUAGCCGAGCGUCGACCGAAUCCAUCUGCUCCAUGGCGCUUCAGAUACUGGUGCCGUUUCUUCUAGCCGGUCUGGGGACGGUGUCUGCUGGGAUACUGUUGGAUGUGGUUCAGAACUGGGACGUGUUCCUGGAAAUCACAGAGCUCUUCAUCCUGAUUCCUGCCAUCCUAGGCAUGAAGGGGAACCUUGAAAUGACCCUAGCGUCCCGGCUCUCUACAGCGGUAAAUGCAGGAAAACUGGAUCUCCCAAAUGAAAAAUGGAUGCUAAUCUCUGGAAAUCUGGCUCUUAAACAGCUCCAGGCUACUGUGCUCGGGCUCCUGGCCUCACUACUGGCUGUGUUGUUGGGUUGGUUUGCUGAAGGACAGACAUCCAUCAAUCAUUUGAUCCUGCUGUGUUCAACCAGUGUUUCCACGGCCUUUGUGGCUUCUUUGUUGCAAGGAAUCAUUAUGGUUGCGUUGAUCCUUUUCUCCAAGAGUUUAGGUAUCAACCCCGACAACGUGGCCACACCGAUGGCAGCCAGUUUUGGGGAUCUCAUCACUCUGGCCUUACUGGCCUGCUUCAGUCAGUGGUUCUACUCCUUCAUGGAAAUCUAUCCCUUUGUCCUCUACCUGAUGGACUUGUUGUACCUUUGCCUUAUUCCUCUUUGGGUUGUCGUCUCCUCCACACACCCCGAGACUCACAUCCUCUUACGCACGGGGUGGCAGCCGAUCAUCGCAGCUCUGGUUAUCAGCAGCAUUGGUGGAGUGAUUUUGGACAAGAGUGUGUCCAAUCCAAACUUAGCAGGGAUUGUUAUUUAUGCUCCAGUCAUCAACGGUAUUGGUGGAAACCUAGUCUCCAUACAGGCUAGCCGUAUCUCCACUAGUCUGCAUCUGAAUCACACCCCUGGGGAGGGGCCUGAAGAUCAAAGGGUGUGUGUCAACCCCUACAGGACUUUCUUUGGGACAGGAACCAAUCAGCGGUCCGCCCAGGUUCUGCUCCUUUUCGUCAUUCCUGGACAAUUAAUCUUCUUUUACAUCAUUCAACUGACGAAAGGAGGCAGCACGUUACCAAGUCCCCUCUUCACUGUGGCCUAUUUGUCUGCUGCCGUGAUCCAGGUUAUCCUUCUGCUGUAUCUGGCCGACUGUUUGGUUCAUUGUCUUUGGCGAAGGAACAAGGAUCCAGACACAGAGUCAAUUCCUUACUUAACUGCAGUAGGAGACGUAUUGGGAACUGCCCUCCUCUCACUUGCCUUUGUGGUUCUGUGGUGCUUCAGUGAUGCCCAUGGUUUUUAGUGAGUAUAUAAUAGAAAAUAUGGUCACUAUACACUUCAAGAGAUGAAAAUUAAAACAGCUCUGUUUCUGAACAUGUGGUGCAACCAUUGAAACAAGGACAACGGUAACAACGAUGGUUUAAGUUAUUUAUUCAAAGGUGGAUUUUAGAAGGGUUGGAAGUUUAAUGGAAUAAAUUCUGCCAAGAGGAUGAAUAGCAGAAGACAAUUAAAAUCGUCCAUGUAAGUUGCUUAAGGACUUGUCUAUGAUGUAAUGUGGGUAGAAAUUUCAUAAAAUAGGAAGGACAGGUGAGUAUUUAAGAAAGUCUCACAGUCUUUUUGCGUAUCAGAGGAUGUGAACUGGCUAGGCUUUGGUGACGUUUUUGGGAAUGUCAGGAAUAAAGCACCCCAUCUGGAGCCUUUUUUUUUCAUUCGUCCUUAUUAAGUUUACGACUAUAUUCAAACUAGUGCGUCACUGCUGGUCUUAUACUAAGUAUAAAAGAAUUACAAAUGACAUCUAGAAUGUAAUGGAUAAUAUUGCGAUAAAAAAAUGUACAAAGUAAAUAGUGUUGUUAGAUUAAGAAUAAUACAUGAAAAAUACUAUACAUAAUAUAUACAUAAUACAACACCCCCAACAAAAUAUUCUUCACCACGCCAAUCCCCUCCAGCUUCAAGACAUCCGUCGGCCCCCUGUAAUGUUUCCUUCUUCAAAGAUACGAGAGUAAAGGUCUGGUGACACCUGUGAAUUGUUAACCUCAAAGUAAGUCCAUGUCAGUCUUCUGGUUUAACAACCACCACUAUCCACGAGAUUUUUUGGUUUGGCCUGAGAGGCCAUAAAAGUGGCAGUUUUUUUGAGAACUUAGUUGGAAAGCAUUCCAGAAGAUAAGCUGAGCAACACAAGGUUGCCUCAAAAGGACAAAGACAGAGUAGGUAAAUGUCUCUGAAAAAGAAAGGUUGAUUCCAAGAAGCUGAAAUCCCACGAGCGAGUCAUGCAAGCAACAAUGUCAUUUUUAUGUGAUUCUGAAAGUUUAAGUGAAUGGUUAACUCACUAUCUCACACAUCUAUACUUGAAUGUUUUAUUGUUGAAUCCAGCGAGUUGAGGGCGCGAGUCAUCCUCAGCAACCUGCUCUUAACGGAGACCUGCUAUGAAGGCCCUCCGACAGGGCGUACUCAGGUCUCCUGGAAUCCGUAGAAGGUGAUCCUUACUCAGGCUACUCGCUUCGUGGAAGGUCAGUGAGGAGACUCGCCCAGCUCCAACGGUCUUCAUCUGCAUGUCGACUCAUCUUCCAGCUGCAAUAUUCUUCAAACUGGAGGUGUACUUGAAACUCCGGCUGCCCUUACUUAGCAGGCGGAGUUCAAUGUUUAUUGUAUUUAGUGUAUCCAGCUCAAGGGAAACUUAUUCCAAAUGUAGAAAGAAAUAAGGUUCUUGAAGUGUAAUCCACAAAUUCCUCUCGCAGAGGUUCUGCAAAAACAGCCAAAGUCUGAAACUUUUUCUAAGUCGAGUUUCUCGGUGAGAGACUUAGUCCAAACAUGAGACCAAGGGCGCUUUCACACUACGGGUUCUGUCUCAAGACAAAGCUCUUUCGGCUCAGAAGUCCGAGAUGUGAACACAAACGAGUUGGGUUUUGGCCUGAUCCCCUCUGGAGUGCUGCACCUUGUCUCGGGAAACAGUCUACUUACCCUCAGUGGGUUGCUCAGCGGGUGGUGAGCUUCUCACCUCAGGCAACUCGGCGCUAGAUGUCGGAAAUUACGUGUACAGUGCGACUCCACACAAACAUGAUAGAUGCUGGGCAGGAAAGGGCCUGAUCGCUGUCUGAGUGGACAACAUCGUUCAAACUCAAACUCACAGAACACUGAGGUGUGCAGCCAGGAGCUGCAGGAAAAUUGCAAAAGACUUUUCUUUCAUCAUUUCUGAUGUCUGGAUCUGUGACCCUGUUCGUCGUGCUGUGAGAGCAGUGUGGAUCAGUCAAGACGCGUCGUAUUACGCAGCUUGUUUUCCUUGGAAAAUCAACAUGACAUGACUCUUUCAUGUUUAGUUGAAAGACUCUUUCAUGUGUGGCUGUGAAACGCCACAUUCUGUUACAGCCGUGGCGGAGCUCUGUUAUCAGUUCAGUUCUGAGGUGAGGACGACUCGUAAUGUUAAGAAGCGACAGAGAAAUAAGGUGGCCAAGCUGAUGGUGGGAAAUAGGUUGUCCCGUGGCUCAUGACAACUUCCUUGAGAUGUACUUCGUCGUGGGUCACAAACCAGCUUUUGUGCAGAGCGCCGCCAGCUGAGGAGGAAAAAAUGGACAUCGCUUGUGUCGCAGGUACGAGGAUGCACAGCAGGGGGAGAAUCGGUCUCAGACCCACCCAAGACAGAACACCCUAGUGUGAAAAGCCCCUAAGUCCAGAAGGCGUCUGUCCAAGCGGCACCUGUGAGAGCACGUAUCCAGUGCGUCACCUCAUAAUGGGAAUUGUGCAAUUAUUAUACAAUAUUAAUAUUAUUAUUCAUUUGUUUGUGCUACUAAUAAAGAAGUUAUUCACAGGAAUGCUGAAUGAGGGAGUGUGGCUGAGUGUGUGUGAGAAUUUGAAGUAGCAGGUGGAGUUCAAAGACGGGAGUGAACCAUACUGGUGGAACAAACAUCAGAAAUCAAUAGAGGGUGCAAGGUCAGACAGAGGAGGCUGGGAAGUACCAUCUUCUCCAGAGCUGAUCCCGAUAAGAGCCACCUGGGUGUCGUCGGGUUUAGGUUUUCAAGGUUUUUGUGUACAGGGUGAUUGGCUAUGACAUAAGCCGUCCCUAGUUCCGAGUACACUACCUCCCUCUGCCCCUCUGGCAAAGGGCCCCUCGGGUGGUCAACUCAGUCAGCCUAUUGUUGCGGACACGGUUCUAAGACUAUAAUAAGUGAGUCAUGAUCGGAUCCUCAAUCCAUUCCUUUUAAAUAACAUAUUUCCCUGUAACUGUCGAAAACUACCACCUUAUCAUUGACUAAAGGGAAAUAACUAAUUAAGCUAAAGCUCCAAAGUGAUAUCGCUGUGCUUUGAAAGUUGAAUAAAUUGCUUGGGGAAUGCGUGGGUGGAUUGGGUAACUUGCUUUGGGGAGGUGUUGUUUAUCUCCAGGGGACCGGACGGGGCAAAGUGACCGCGCCACACAAGACAGAUGAAAACCGUUAUGCGUCAACACCCAGGGAGGAAACAAGAUGGCUGAGGAGGAGAGCCGCGCUUAAUACGAGUAUCACAGACUGACUGUUGAUGUGGGAAAAUACCAGAGGAAGCUGCCCAGAAGAGACACCGCCUCAACAAGAAGUAUAAAGAAGAAUUGUAGUCAUCUCGAUGUGUGCUUCUACCAGUGUCUGAUCUGUAAGUCACGACUCCCGUUGUGCUGGCAGACUCUACCUGGAGAAGAGCCCGGAUCGAUCU